UCCGGGGCUGCAGGGGGCGCUGUCCUCCGCAGCCUCCCCCAGCUGUUACUCUACCAGUGACGUGGAUUUUCAUUGAGGCAAUCUGUUUGCCAAAAGCACAACGUUUUUUGGCUUCUCAUAUAAGUUUCUGCUCCACCUUCGCCUGUGGGAUCCCCUGGUUUUGUGGCCGUCGUCUGUCCGACUUUGACCCGGUUUUACGACAGCUUCCGUAACAGCAGAAUGAGUAAAAACAGCAAAGUGGUGAACCUGAAGGACAAAAUAAGUGGGAACGAGAUGGACCUGAGCCUGUGUAAUCUCACUGAGGUGCCAGCCAGAGAGCUCGCCUUAUUUCCCAAAGCGACUGUGUUGGACUUGUCCUGUAACAACAUCAUCUUGCUUCCUCCAGAGUUCUGCAGCCUGACCCACCUGAUGAAGCUAGAUUUGAGUAAAAACCAGCUGACCUGUUUGCCGGAUGACCUGGGGAGCCUGGUCAACCUCCAGCACCUGGACCUGUACAACAACAAGCUGACAGUGCUGCCCGUCAGCUUCUCUCAGCUCCGGAGUCUGAAGUGGCUGGAUCUGAAGGACAACCCGCUGGAGCCCACCUUGGCCAAGGCAGCAGGAGACUGUCUGGAUGAGAAGCAGUGCAAACAGUGCGCCUCUAAGGUUCUACAUCACAUGAGUGCCAUUCACGAGGAGGUCGACCGUGCCCGAGAGAAGCGGCUUUUAAGGGAGAAAGAGCUGGAGAAAAAGAGGGAGGCGAAGCAGAGGGAGCGGGAGGCCCGGGAGAGGGAGGCCCGGAAACGGGAGAAGGCAGAAGAGAAGGAGAAGAGGAGAAAAGAGUACAACGCUCAGAUGGCGGCCGCCGCAGCACAGGAGCAACAGAAGAAGAAAAACGAAGAGAGGAAGAAGAAGAACGGCCAGGCAGCAGAUAAAAAGGUCUCUGUGGAACCGCCUCCCAAACCACGCCGCUCUCUCAUUGGCCUGAUGUUUAAGCUCCUCCUCAUGCUGAUUCUGGGUCUGGCCGCGGCGGCGGCCGCGUGCCGCCUGACGGACGUGCGGCAGGAGGCCAUCUGCGCGCCGGUCAACGCGGCCCUGGACGACGGCCUGGCCUGGGCCGGGCAGCAGGAGGGCGCGCUCCGGCAGCUGCUGCAGAGGCUGUCGGCCGCCGCGCGAGAGCUUCUGGAGUCCACGCAGGCGUCCAAAAAC